GAUCCUACGAAUAACUUCCCAUUAGAGUGUAUCAUCAGAAGAGUUUUUAGAAGUUCACAAGGAGAUGAAUGUCUGCUACUGUGCCCCAUUGAUACGCCUGUCCAGAUACUAAAGAGCACAAACUUUGAAGGAUGGUCAGCGGUUAGUGAUGAUGAAGUUGAGUUUAUCCUUCCUACUGCCUCUUAUGCGCUUGCCAAGAUACACAUGCAUCUGGUGUAUAGUGGGUUUUGCUAUACAGCACGUGGAGGAUUUUGCUACACUGAGGAUGACAUUUUUGAAUGCCGUACAGAUGAUGGUCAAGAUUUGGAUGGCUUACCAACUGAAGGUGUAGAAAUAACAUGCUUUCAGCUGGAUGGUUCCCAUUACAUGAUCUACACACCAUCUGACCCACUUCUGUUUGUAGCUGUCAAGGAUGACAAUGGUAAAUUGCGAAUUGCUGAUGAUGAGGUGUUGGAGGACGCAGCGACAAUAAGUGCUAUCGAUGAGGAAACCGAGUUCAACGCUUUGGUGGAAGAAGAGACUGCUUUGUUGGGAUCACUAUUGGGCAAGAGAUAACCAACCACUUCCCUUAUGUUUCAUUUUUUCUUAUCUGUACAUAUUAUCUGUGUUCUUCAACCAUCUAACGCUUUAGUUUAAGUUGUAUCUGUCUAGUCUACUUCACUUCUUAUGUGUUCGUGUACCAAAUGGUUUUUUUAUUGGUAAUUUUGAUUGCCUGUGCUACUUUGUACA